AUGGAGCGUUCAUUAGCGGAUAUACUUAGAGAAGAACGUCAGAUCGUCAGUGAUAUAUUAAGUCAGAGUGAAUUUAAUUGGGAUGCAACAAAGAAGAUGAUCAGUGUAGAUGAAGACAAUGUUUGGGAUGAGUACGUGAAGUCUCAUGAAGAUGCUAGAACUUUUCGAUUUAAAGUGAUUGCAAACUGGGAUGAUAUAGUGGAUUUAUGUGGCAAAGAUAGAGCUACUGGAGAGGGUGCUGAAACAUGUGCAGAAGCUACUGAGGUUAUGACUCCUGAGAGUGAUCCCAAUAAUAUUGUUGAUUUGGAAAGUGAUACUCAAGGUUUUGAGAGUUGUCAAGUUGAUGAUGUUUCACCCAGUUCUAGUUGUCCAAAUAGAAGAAAUCAAAAUCCUUCUGAUAUUCCCCCACCAAAACAAAGAGGUAUAACUAAUAUUCUUGCUGAUUCAGUGGCUAAGAUGUCUUCAUCUUUGGACACUUUAUCAAUUCUACUACACAAAAGCUUGAUCCAACAGAAGUAUAUAAUGAAGUCAUUGCAAUUCCAGAUCUUAGUCCAGAUGAACAACUAA